AUGAUCUCAGUGAACUGGGAAAUGCUGUUCUUAUAUCACCCAACAGCUUUGUACCAGCUGGUUGCUUUUCCAUUUGCUGGGAUCUGUCAUUAUUUAUGGACUUCUCAGUUUUUGUCCAUAAACUCAAGAUACGUCUGUCUUCUGGUGAGCGGUUUCUUCCUGGCCUGCUCAGCAAUGAGGCGCUAUGCGCUGCUAGUGCUCAUUUCUGUCUUCGGUUCUGUUGCCGUAAUCCAUUCAGCCGGACCACAGCAAGCCCUCAAAUGGGCUUUUUCCUUUCAGAUGACCUGGCAGACACUUUGCCAUGUGGGGCUUUAUUAUAAAGAAUAUCACCAGCAAGAACCUGCAUGCAUCAGAUUCUCCAUGGCUCUUUCUGUCCUCAUGCUGAUGACGCAGAGGGUGACCUCAUUAGCUUUGGAUAUCCAGGAAAGAAAAGUAUGGAUGGGGGCACCAAGGAUCUCAAAGGGGGGUCCUCUGAGGAGGUACCUGCUGAGAGCACUGCCAUUUUAUAGUUACCUGCUCUCUUUCCCUACCUUGCUGGGAGGCCCCCUGUGCUCUUUCUACAGGUUUCAGACAUGGAUAAAGAACCCUGGCGUCCCAUACCGCAAGCAUCUCUUCUGGGCUGCCACGCAAAGAGGCUUGGGUGCUCUGAUUCUGGCCCUCUUGAAAAACAUUGUGAGAGGAUAUGCUUGCCCUCUGGAUGAUCUGAUUGGUUGCUCAGACUUUGGCUGUAUUCCUGCACUGUGGGCCUCAGCCCUCUUCUUUAGACUGGCCUAUUACUCUCACUGGAUGCUCGAUGAGUGCGUCUUCAUUGCUGCUGGUUUGGGGCUGGAACUUGAUUGCGAUCAAUACAUCCACGGCGUUCUCCUAGAUACGGACAUCUGGACCCUGGAAACGACCAACAGGAUCUCUGUCUUUACUCGAUCGUGGAACAGAAGCACGGCUCAGUGGCUUAGAAGGCUCAUAUUCCAGAGGUGUCAUUCUCAUCCCUUGCUGGCGACCUUUGCCUUCUCUGCUUGGUGGCACGGCCUGUAUCCUGGCCAGCUCUUUGGGUUUCUACUCUGGGCUGUGAUGGUGGAAGCUGAUUACCGCAUUCAUCGCUUUUUCCAGCCUUUUGCAGAAUCGCAGCCUCGGAGGUUGGUAUAUCAGACCUUGACCUGGUGCCAGACACAGCUGACAGUGGCAUACAUUAUGCUUGCUAUUGAAAUGCGGAGUCCUGCUGUGCUUUGGCAGCUGUGUUUUUCUUACAACAGCUUCUUCCCACUCAUCUAUGUCGUUUUGCUCCUAGUGUUAGGAAAGGGAAGAGCGAGCAGCCCCUUUGCCCCUCAGGUAUCCCAUCCUUAAAGCCAUAACAAUUCAUAACUCUGACGGGGCGGGGUUAACAAAUG